CGGCACAGUUUUGACGUCGGAUACAUAUCAUCUACUCUAUGGUUGCGUGGGAUGCCGAGAUAUAUAUUCCUUGCUGCAUGGCGACAUAGUCUCGUUCGUCACGCAAUCGCCAACCCUGACCCUGACAUGUACAUCCGCGCCCAAACCCUGAGUAAGACGAGCUACGCAUCUCAGUCUCAUUCAAUUCUUACUUCCAUUGUAUCAUCACAAACGUACGCUCAGAUAUCCAUCUAAUACUCUCUUCGAUAUGACGGCAAAGAAUGUCCUCCUGCUUGUUGCAGACGACCUAGGCAAACAACUAGGCUGUUACGGUCAUCCCAAUGCCAAAACUCCAAAUAUCGACAAACUUGCUUCCCAAGGUGUCAGAUUUGACAAAGCCUUUGCAAGUACUGCUUCAUGCAGUGGAAGUCGCUCUACCAUCUACACCGGGCUGCAUACCCACCAGAACGGGCAGUAUGGUCUCAACAGUGGAAAGCAUCAUUUCAUGACCUUUGAUCACAUCGAGUCCGGUCCUGCUAUCCUAGCUAAGAAAGGUGUGAGAACUGGGAUUAUCGGCAAGGUUCAUGUUGGGCCUGAGGCUGUUUAUCCAUGGGAAUGGAAAGCCGAGAGUUUGACAAGGGACGUCUGGUGGUCUUCGCAAAAGGCCAAGGAAUUCUUCAGUGCGUCUAAGGAAGAUGGGAGACCUUUUGUGUUGACCGUUGGAUAUCAUGAUCCCCAUCGUGAUCGAACCCGUGGUGGCUUUGGCAAUGACGAACCUGUGGAUGAGCGUAUACAAAGCGUCAAGUACAACCCUCAAGAUAUGGUUGUUCCCGAAUUCUUGUCCAACACUCCUGGGGCCAGACAAGAGCUUGCAGAAUAUCUAGAAGCCAUCAGUCGUUUAGACCAGGGAAUUGGUUUCAUCCUCGACGAGCUUGAGAACGAGGGCCUUGCAUCGAAUACAAUGGUCAUCUUCAUGAGCGACAACGGACCUCCGUUUAUGAACUCAAAGACAACUUUGUACGACGCGGGCGUUCAGCUGCCGCUUAUUGUGCGACAGCCAGGCUUCAAAGCUUCCGUCAACACAAACCUAGUAUCAUAUGUGGACAUUCUGCCAACGAUACUGGACUGGACACUUGGUCAAGCUGCUGAAGAGCCCAAGAAGCAACUAUCGGGUCGCUCGUUUCUUGGAAUUCUUGACCAAGAAGAGGGUCUUGAUGCAUGGGACCAUGUGUUUGGAUCCCACACGUUCCACGAGUCUACCAACUACUGGCCUACUCGCUUCAUCCGAACGCGGCGAUACAAGUACCAUCGCAACAUCGCAUGGAGACUCGACUUUCCAUUUGCAAACGACAUCUAUGGAUCGUUGACGUGGGAUGAUAUUCGCAACUCAGAGGACAGCCCCAAGAAAAUUGGGCAGAGGAACCUGAAAGAUUAUUUCUUCCGCCCGCCUGAAGAGCUGUAUGACUUGGAGCAUGACCCGCAAGAAGUUGUGAAUCUAGCUAAAGACGCUAGUUACAAAGAUGUUUUGGAAGAGUUGAGGGAUAGACUUGAGGAUUGGCAGCGGAGGACGAAUGACCCUUGGCUUUACCGUGAUGGAAUCUCGGUGCUGUUGAAUAAGCAUCAUCUUGAUGCUGGUUUGGAAGUUCCGGAUAAAUGGGAUCUUGAUGUUGAACAUCCUGAGACAAAGGGGGAUGUUGCAAAGUACAAGAAUCUGCCAUUUGGUAUUGCGGGAACAAGAGAUUGAUGCAGUAUAUUUUUAGUGCUACAAAUAAUGAAUUAUUCUUGCUUUGAUGUAUAUAACGGUGGAUGCUAUAGUGAGUAGCCGUCGCAAGGUUCUGGUUUACUUCUAACAUAGCAGUAAACCUCUAAAGCACAGUCUUAUCCCCUCGUCUCUCGCGUCCAAGGAAGCUUUUGGUGUAUAGAACUUGCACCAUUCAAUAC